CGAUUACCGCGGCUCACCCGCCAGUCCGCUAAUCAAUGAUUAAGCACUCGAUCUCGAAUGCGAGUACGGUACAGUAAGAAAAGAUGCAGAGUUCAAGUUUAGCCAGCAUCCUUCCACCGCCAAGUCAUUCAGGCAGCUUAAAUUAGCGGGGUUGAUGAGUUGUGGUAUUCGAGCCUUGCGGCCAGACCGCGGUGUGCAGGCCGAAAACAUCACCUGCCCGCGACGGAGUUGAGGCCUAAGUUACUAGCGCAUCUUGGGGAAGUGCCCUCCUGCGAUUUCUCGCUCCCUCCCUCCCGAUGACCAACUCGCUCACAAAAAGUCAUAUUCCUUUCAACUGCCCAACCAACACACCUUCUCCGACGCCAUGUACAAUAAUGGGCUCCUCGAUCUCCGCCACCAGGUACAGGCUCAACACUGGGUCGAUGAGCUGAACAAAGCCCACGAGAGGGGCCAGCUCUGCCCGUGGGUCUCCACCUUUCAUCCUGAGAGACUUGCCUGUGCACUCGAGGGCACCUUCCACCACGGCUCAUUCAAUGCUGGCGUAAAGAUGGUCUUUAGUGACGGCACAGCCUGGAUGGUUCGUUUCCCUCGUGUGGGCAAGGUCCACAAUGAAUAUGCUGAGGAGAAGGUUGCUAUGGAGGUGCGAGCCCUCAGCCUCAUCCGCGAACGGACCACCAUUCCUGUCCCAAAAGUCCAGGCGUGGGGUUACGCUGCCGACAAUUCGCUCGGUCUGGGUGCAUUUAUUAUGAUGGACUUCAUCGACGGCGUGUGCCUCAACGACCUCCUCACAGACCCCAACGAAUCCGAGCCCACGAGACUCUUGAGAGAGGACAUCAGCGAUGGAGACAUCGAGGUCAUCUACAGGCAGUUUGCGAACUUUCUGCUCCAGUUGUUCAGCCUCGAUUUUGACAGCAUCGGCAGCCUGCCGUCGCUAGAGGGUAAACCUGAAAGCCCCACGCCGAAGCGCCCGCUGACGUACAAGGCACAUGACAUUCUACAUAAUGGUGGAGUUGAUGUUUUUGGUGACCGAUGCCAAGGGUUCGCGACGGCGACCGAGUACUUUCAGUACCUCCUAGGACAGGACUUCGGGCAGCUCACUCACCAGCCAAACUCGAUUUACGGCCCUCAUGACGCCAGAAGUAGAUACCUGGCGCUCAAGGUUCUGGAAUCCCUGCUGCCCAACCUCAUCAACAAGGAGUAUGACGGUGGGAAGUUCAAACUGAUUUGUGACGACCUCGGCCUGGCGAAUCUAAUUGUCCGAAGCAAGGAAGACCUCACUGUCGUGGGAGUGGUGGACCUCGAGUGGUCAUACAUCGGGCCCGCCCAGUUGUUUGGUUCGGCGCCGUGGUGGCUUCUCCAAGAUAGACCCGUCAACGAAGAGUGGGAGUGGCAAGAUGGCAAACCACCCAAGCUCGCCGAGCGGUACUUCAAGUACCUCAAUAUCUACAGACGCGUCCUGGAGGAAGAAGAGGCGAAAAUGCCAGGGCACGAGGAGAGGGAACUCUCCAAUCUCGUCAAGUGGUCGCAGGAAUCGGGGGCCAUGUGGCUACAUAUGCUCAUCUCGGUCGGCUUCAAUGACCACCGUAGCUUUCCCUUCACGCAGCUACGCCAACAUGUGGGUGAACAGAAGUGGGAGAGGCGUAAGGCGGAGUUUGGUACGCUACCAGAGGUUGAGGCAUUUGUGAUGCAGAAGACGCUUAGGUUGAAGGAAUAUGAAGUAGCCAAGGACAAGUUGGCAAGCGACAAAGCGCUCGUAGACGAUGGGCAGAUGACAUGCGAGGCGUUCCUCGCCACGUCUGUUGAACUAGGAUGAGCCACAGAAAAUAGAAUUGGCUGUCCUUACAUUCGAUCUGGAAGUGGCUGAUAGCGCCAACCUGCCUGACCACAGCUACAACUAAAUCAACCCGUUGCUCUUUCUCUCGGCCAUUCUCUCCGUCGUUAGUUUCUCAUACUACGUUUAGCUAAAAGCCGUGACCGAUGGGAUUUGGUCCACUAGACUAGUAAUCUCGGCAGGAAAGGGGAGUGCUGGAAUGGGGGUUUUGCAAGUAGAGGACAAAUUGGUGGAUGGGUAUCUUUGGG